AAAAAUAUAUUGAUAAAAUGAUAUAAAUAUUAGUUAUGAGACAAUUGAUAAAAUUAAACCUAAUCUUUGGAACGCACUUUGGAAAAAGUUGAAAGCUUUGUUUCACUAUUUUAAGAUUUUACAUAAUUCCAAUUGUUUUCUAUGUAGACUAGGAAUUUUGAGUAACUAUGUACAUAUUUUAUUUAUAAAUAUAAUGGAUGAAAAAAGCAAACAAAAUCUGGGAUACUCAACUAAAUCGGCUCUUAUAAAAUUACGCGAUGACAUUCGAACCGUUAUCGAAGAACAUAAACAGAAAAAUCGCAUGGGAUUUGGAAUUGUGCGAAACAUUAUAUCAUUUUCAUCUGAAAAAAUUUUGUUAUCAGGAAUCGCAUAUACUGUCACAAUAAUUAAUAUAAUUUGCCUAAUAUUGACAUAUCUAUUUGGUGAAACGUUAUUGGCCCAAGGGUACUUGUUAUGGGAAGCAUUAUUUUUAUUUAUUUUACUUGCUAUUAAUUUCUUAAUAGCUUUUAAUGAAGAAUACAUAUACAACAACGAAAUACCUCAUCGAGUUAAGAAAGUAUUAGAAACUCUUGAUGAAACAAUUGAAAAGUGCCUAUGGAGGGAAAAUCAUUACCCACACUUAUGUGCUCCAUUUUCUCCGUGUGUAAUACUACAGUGGACUUAUAGAGAUGGUGUUAUUGUAAAUCUACCCUGGGCUCUACUGGUGGAAGGUGAUGUAGUUGUUCUCAGACCAGGACAGGAAGCUCCAGGGCACUGCAGAGGCCUAGAACCUGAUGAUCCAGAACUUUUUUUUGGACAAAUUUUUUUAUCAGGAUCACAGGCAAAAGAUCAUUUCAGUAUGCCUCGAGUGCGUGCGCCACAUCUCAAUAAAGCAUACAAGAUGUGUGAAACACCCUUUUUGAAAAAUCUGAAAUUGGCCUUGGAACAAGCCUCCACUAGGCCGGUAACCGUUUUUGAAAAACAGAGGUAUUUGUGCACAGUAAAAAUAUUAGAAGGCAUAGUAUUACCACUCGUAAUAUUGUUAAUGGUGGUGACUAGUUUGAUACGCUACUUAUACCACUUGCCGGGAGUGACGCACUGGACUGAAGUGUACUUUCUGCAGAUAAUUGCCGCUUCACUGCCAUUAUUACAAAUUGUUUUCCCAAUUGCUUGGGUCACACUCAACUGUUAUGGAUUGGCUAGAUUUAAACUAUUAUCAGAGAUAGGACAGAAGUAUACUCGUCCAAAAUCCUGCUCUAUAUCAGAAGAUGCCAGUGAUCCGUUAAUAAAAGCACUCAGUGAGUCUAAUCUCAAACCGCAGGCAUUGAGAACUUUAGGAAAGACUUUCUGGAACAUUCUUAUUGGAAGAGAAGAUAUGGUUACUAGAACUGCCAAUAUUGUUCAUGUUUUGGGUUCAUUAUCGGCUCUGUGUUGUGUGGAUAAGAAAGGUAUUCUUUCAUGGCCUAAUCCAACAGCAGAAAAAGUAUUUUUCCUAAGGAAUUCGAGUCCCUUGUCUCACAACUCGAGUAAGACGAGCCUCAACGGGUCCAUGGGGCACCAAAGCCAGACGAAUUUAGACCAAGAUGGUGAUAUUAAACAGAACCCUGAACCAUCCACAAUUGUCGAAGUGCUGGACCUGACGCACGACCAGAACGCGCCGUUCCGCGUGGAGUUCGACGAGCAGCGCUGGCGCACUCACCUGGCGCGCCUCAAGCCGCUGGGCCUGGCCGCGCUGCUCAACACGUGCGCGCGCGCGCCGCGACACACCUACGCGCACUUCUGCGCGCACCUCACCUGCGAGGCGCACCACAGUGAGGACCUAGUCCCCGUGACAAACAGACGCUGUCUGUGCGAGUUAGCCAAGCAGAUCGGUUUUACGGACGCGGUCGCCGAGUCUUAUAACGUACAGGAAUGCUUAGCUGUUUUUCGACACCUUCAAGCAGAUACAAUUCGGCGAGAGACACGGUUCGUUCGGUCGCUACACCUGAGUACGCGUGUGAAGGUUCCUCUGCCGCAUAUGUUGGCCGUCAUCGUGAAGGAUCAAUCAAACCAACUACAGAUGCUCACACAAGGAACUGCUGACAUAAUCCUGGACUCGUGCGUCGACUACUGGAACGGCCGCGACCUGACACCGAUCUCGCCGUCCGACCGCAAGAAGAUCAUCGACUUCUACCAACGGAACUCGCUAACGGCGUACUGCACGGCCUUCGCGUACAAGCCGCUGACGCGCGGCGUGGCGGGCGCGCUGGCGCAGCAGUACCUGGAGCUGCCGGCCGACAGCCGCGCGCUGUACGCGCACGCGGCGCAGCGCGCGCACGCGGCGCACUGGGCCGACGCCGCCGCGCUGCACUUCCACUCCACCGAUUCGUUGCUAUUUAACGAAGUCACGGACGAUGACGUCAACGACGCCGACGGAUAUUUCGACAUGCAAUGUAAUCAGGUGUUUAUAGGUAUGGUGACGAUGCAGUACCAGGCUCAGAGCGACAUGGUGGAGCUCAUCGAGCGGCUGGAGCGCGCCUGCAUCCGCUUCGUGCACUUCAGCAAGGAGAACGAGCUGCGGUCGCGCGUCUUCAGCGAGAAGAUGGGCCUCGAGUCAGGCUGGAACUGUCACAUAUCGCUCAUGAGCGAUCACCACCACAGUGUUGUCGACAGCAAGCCGGUUUCGCCGCUGUCAUCUCAGACUCUGCGAGGCCGCCAUAACACCGCCUCGCAACUUACUAGGCCCGAUACGGGCGACGCCUUUACUUUUAGCGGCACCAUAUCAUCGUCCAAGGCGCUAUCGAUGUCUGCCCCGGGAGCGAUUAACGUUGAGCACAAUACUGUUAAGUUCGAUAACGAGGUCAAGAAAACGAGGCAUUCGAUCACCGCACACAGCGGACUCAAGCAGUUGCAGCGCGACAGUAUAACGACGAGUCAAGCUUCGACAGACUCGCUACUAGACGGAGCGGCCCCGGAACCCGGGGAAUCCCCGCCUGACGCAUGCCGCUCGCUAUCCUGCCUCACGGACUCCACCGAUCACUCCGCGCCGCUUAACUUCGACAUGAGUAACCGGGCAAAACUGCCGCGAGGUAUUGAAAACAUUCGGCCUCAUAUAGAGCAAGUGGACAACGUACCCCUACUGGUGUCGCUAUUCACAGACUGCACAGCUAAUUCCGUUCAGCGAAUGAUUCAAAUUAUGCAGGAUUACGGCGAGGUGGUGUGCGUAAUGGGGUCGACAGCUAACUGCCAAAAUAUGGAGAUUUUUAUGCAAGCUGAUGCGAGCAUUGCAGUCGAGCCGUUAUAUCCGGUUUUAUGUCAAAAGAUGCCGCCAUAUCAAGUGCCGCGAGAUUGCAUUGGGCCGAUUGAUUUGGCGAGGUCAUUGAACUCUGUACCAUGCUCCCUAUCGUUGAAAAACAAAUGGCAAAGUCAGCCGUGCACCAACUACUGCAACACCCAGAUGUCUCGCGACGCGGACGUAUCGCUGUUCGCACUCAUCACAAUGUCGCGACACUUCACCAUGUGUCUUUGGAACAGCACGCAGUUCUGGAUCUGCAGCUCAUGCUUCCUAUCGUUGUUACAGCUGAGCUCGGUGAUGGUGUUCGGCGCGGGCGCGCUGAGCGCGGGCGGCGCGGCGGGCUGCGCGCUGGCGGGCGCGCUGCUGGCGGCCGCGCUCAGCUUCGCGCCGCCGCGCGCCGCGCUCGUGCUGCGCGCCGCCACGCGCCCCGCGCUCGCCUUCAACGCGCGGAUGGCGCUGUUCGUUUUCUGGUGUUACGCGUGCAAGUUUUUACCAUCAGCUAUUUCUAUCCUAGUAUUAUAUGGAUUUACAUUACGAAGCUUCUGCGAGCAGAUAGCAUCUUUUACGAAUGCCACCUCCUGUUGGCUAAUAUAUCCUGUCAAUAUCGGGAACUACUCGAGCAGCCAAGACUUGUCGUUAAAGAGCUGGCACGGGUGGGGUGAUGAUUUCUACGACGGGUUUUAUUUAGCGCAGCACAUAACAUUGGCGUUGAUAACUUUGCAUUUAAUUGUGAUAUCAUUGUCUUUUAUACAACGACAUUCUUCCAUCUGGCAGGGAAGAUUCUGGACAAAUAGGGUGUGGUGUGUGACUGUAGUAUUUUUAAUACUAGUCCAAAGCAUGUUCAGCGCCACCAUGCUGAGCGGCUCGUACGGCGCGUGCGCGGCGUGGGCGGCGUGCGCGCUGCGGUUCGGCGUGCGCGCGCCGCUGCUCGCCGCCUACGCCGCGUCGCUGCUGCUCGUGUUCGCGCUCAACGAGCUCAUCAAGUGGCAGGAGCUCAAAGUUGACGCGCGAAAUCAAAGACGGGCUCGGUUAGACUUUGGAACCAAGUUGGGGAUGAACUCGCCGUUUUAGUCAUCAUCUUAUCUAGUCAAUUACAGUGUUGUAAAUUUAAUUAUAACGAUGCCAAUGGUUGAAGUUUAGUUUUAAGAGAAAUGUUGUACUUUUUAUGUACCUACCCACUAUUUUGUACUUAAUUUAUUCAAUGUAUCUGUUACAGACAUUCAAUUUUUUAAUAAAUGGUAUUCUCAUAAA